AUGUCUAAUUCAGUGUAUUGUGAUUUUAUAUACCAAGAUAGUAAACCAAAUCAUAAUAAGUUUGUGAUUAUAAAGGGCAAGCAUGGUCAAUUCAUAUAUUGCGAGCGCAGUGACAAAAAGUCAUUCAAAGGGCUAACCAUCGGUGACCUGAAGUGGGAUCUCAUCACAAAUGACUACUUCGACGAGGAAUGGGAUCAGUUGCUAAUCAGACGAUACGACACAGACAUGGCUGACAGCUAUGCGGAAGCCAUUGGCGAUGAGGUAGAGCUGACACGACUGAAGCCCCGGGAUGUCAUCGAUAUUGUCACCAAAGCUGAUGAUGAGAUCCGGUAUUCAUCGCAAGACAAUUUUACUAAUGAUUUGAUGGAAAAGUUGACGGAAUUGUCAAAAGAUAAUGAUUUGAGGGAAGAGUUAUCGGCUCUGAAGGCAUCCAAAGACACGAUUAAGACGGAAGUGAAUGCAUUGAGGGAUGAAGUGAUGGCUUUGAAGGACUGGAAGGGUUUGAGGGAAAGGUAUGACAAAGAGCUGAGGGAAGAGAUGAUGGCUUUGAAGGCAUCAAAAGAGACGAUUGAAACAGAUUUCUGUGAAUUGAGGGAAGAGUUGAAUGAAAUGAAGUCAAGCAACUAUUUCGUGGUUAUCCGGGAUAAGUCGCAAUCAUAUAUCUAUUGCUGUCGGUGUAACCAAAAGUCAUUACACGGCGUUUCGGUGAAGACCUUAAAGUGUGAUCUCAUCCGUAAUGACUACUUCGAUGAGAAAACCGAUGAAUUGGUGGUCACGAGAUUUGCUGAGGACUUGGAUGACAGGUAUUCGGAACCCAUUAGUGAUGACUUCCUGUUGACACGACUCGGACAGAGAGAUGUCUUAGAGAUUACCACCAAAUCGGAUGAAGAUUUGGUUCCCUAUCCAUUGCAAGACGGAUUUCAAACAGAUUUGGACCCAAAGUCGAGUGAAUUGUUGACAGAAAAUAAUGAAAUGAAAGAAAAGUUGAAAACUUUGAAUGAAUCCAAAAGCGCAAUGGAAAGGGAGUUAAGGGAAGAGUUGAAUGCUUUGAAGUCGAGUUUGCAUAAUAUUUUGGACCAAAACUCAAAACAAUUGUCGAAAGAAAGCAAUGAAUUGAGAGAAAAAUUGUUGACUUUGAAGGCAUCGAAACAUGCGAUGGAAAGGGAGUUCUGGGAUGAGUUGUCUGCCUUCAAGUCUGGUUUUCAUAAGGAUUUGGAUCAAAAGUCGCAAGAAUUGUGUCAAGAAAACCAUGAAUUGAGGCAAGAAUUGGUUGCUUUGAAGUCGAGUUUGCAUAAUAUUUUGGACCAAAACUCGAGACAAUUGUCAAAAGAAAGUAAUGAUUUGUCGGAAGAGUUGUCGGCUUUGAAGAACUGGAAGAAUAUUAAGGAUAAGAGAGACCGAGAAAUGGAUGACGAGAUUCAGUAUCUUCUCAUGUUUUAA